AUGGUCGCGGCUCUGCUAUUUGGGAGCGAGGCUGGGGUCAAUGUCGAUUGGCGUUUCUUCGAAGAGAUGACCAAUGUCCAAAAGAACAAUUCGAUCCCGGGGACGUACACAAUAAAAGCAAGGAAGGAUUGCUCUUUAGUCUACCCUGUCAACAGGACGCCGAGUUGGGAGGCGUCCUUCUUUUUUGCGAAGGUGGAUGAGACGCUGGUUGUCGACACCUCCAGGAAUUUUAGGAACGAGUGGAGCGACAGCAUCGAUCGCAAAGUUCAGCUCGGAGCUUUCCCGGAGAACUUCCACGAGAACAUCCAGAAGAUCAGAGCAAUCGGGAUUCAACACUGGCCUGACAUCCAUCGCCGAAGAGUCGAGGCUGCCAUUACCCGUAUUACGAACGCUAGCUGGAGGAGGGAAAACCAAUUAAGGGAGAGAGCGAUCGCGAUGUCUCCGAUUCAAGUGAACGCGCCUAGUCUUGCUGCGAGGCUCAGGGCCAAUCGCAGUAGUGGGGGGAAUAAAAGUCGGGAAUCUCCCGCUCAGUCAGAUCGUCCGACUCAAGCGACGGCACCUCAAAUUGUCAACGAGGUCGAGGCUCGUCGAGACAGUGAUCUCGUUGUGGAUCGCGCCCAAACGGUUGAGCCUGAGGCGGAGGCUCAAAAGGAAGGUCAGGCAGUUGCCGAGGGGCCUGAUGAAACUGCGAGGCGAGCUAAGAAGGAGGCGAAGAAGCUAAAGAGAAAAGAGAAGAAGAAAAAGGAGGGAUCAAGGAAGAGAACCUCCGGCGAGGUGGUUGCAGGUGGUGAUCGCGAGGAGCCGGGAAAGAGGUCGAAGGUUGAUUCCACUGGCGACGGUAGGGCUCCGGAGAUCGAUUGGAGCUUCAAGUUUGAUUACCCCGAGUCCGGGGUGCCCCUUGUCAACAAUGCUGACAAAUGCGCCGAGCUCUUCGGAUUGAUAAAGGGAUCUACCUCCGAGGUUCCCGCCGCUGAUGACGCGGUCUUCAAAGACAUGGCGGGCUACGCCUUCAAGUUUAUCGCGAGCUGCAACCGCGCACGGGGUCGAUAUCAUCGAACGAUUCGAGCUGCUGCAACGAAGCUUCGUAAUGCUCAGUCCGCUGGGCAGAGAGCCGUGGAAGAGCGUGACGCUGCGAUUGCUCGGCGAAAGUCAGCUGAGGAGAAGUGGCAGGUCGAAAAAAGACGCGCCGAGCAAUUGGAAGAAGGCGUGAAGACGCUGACUGACAAGAUCGAAGAGCUGAAAGUGGAGAAUCAGGAUCUGAUCAGCAACCUGCAAACGGUCAAUGAAGCGAAGCUCCAGGCUGAGAAAGUGGUCGCGUCUGAAGUGGCUCGCACUCCAGAUGGUGGUUCAAAUCAUGACGAAGCUGAAGAUCAGGAGCAUCGCGAGGAUGAAGAGGACCACGAGGGUGGCAAUCAGCCUGACGAGUAG